UUCCAAAGGUUACCAAACAACUCAGCGUUUCAUUCGAUGGAGGUAGGGCCUUUAUAGCUGUUCAGCUGGCGUGUUUUUACUAGCUUUAGGCAAUACGAUCGAUGGCCUGGAGACAGUAAACGUAAACUGGAGGAUGUGUGCGUGUUUGGGAGCUACAGAUCGCGUUUAAAAACGCUAUGGCAGUGUGCAAAAGUCGUGCUUACACCUCAGCAGACGUGGCUAGCUCCUCGAGUAUAGCCAUGUUUGCUAGUGACUUUCACACGAGUCGGCAUGCCUGUCCACCGGCCGAAAACACAUCACCUGACAGACCGAUCGGCUAUGGAGCUUUUGGAGUUGUUUGGUCUGUCACGGAUCCACGAACCGGCAAGCGAGUGGCUUUGAAGAAAAUGCCGAAUAUUUUUAAGAAUAUAACAUCGGCAAAGAGAGCCUAUCGUGAACUGAAGAUGCUGUGUUGUUUCAAUCACGAUAACGUCCUAUCAAUUCAAGACAUAGUUCACCCUGGACCAAUCGAUCAUUUUCAAGAAAUAUAUAUUGUCACUGAACUAAUGCAAUCUGAUUUACAUAAAAUCAUUGUAUCUCCACAACCAUUAAGCAUGGACCAUGUCAAAGUUUUUCUUUAUCAAAUUUUAAGAGGUUUAAAAUAUCUACAUUCAGCUGGUAUAUUACACAGAGAUAUCAAACCAGGAAAUUUAUUAGUCAAUAGUAACUGUCUGUUGAAGAUAUGUGAUUUUGGUUUGGCAAGAAUCGAGGAACCAGAUGAGAGUGUCAUGAUGACACAGGAGGUGGUAACUCAAUAUUACCGUGCCCCAGAACUACUUGCUGGUGCCAAUCAUUAUUCCUCUGCAGUUGAUAUUUGGUCUGUCGGAUGUAUUUUUGCUGAGUUGAUGAGCCGCAAGAUUCUUUUUCAAUCUGCAAGUCCUGUUCAACAGUUGAACAAAAUAGUCAGUUUGCUAGGAACCCCGAGUAUUCAGGAUCUGAAUGAUGCCAAAGCAAGCAGUGGGGCCAUCACAUAUCUCCUGUCUAAACAUCAUAAACCACACAAUCUUCCCUCAUUGUAUAAUCUAUCACACUUGGCCACACAUGAAUCUAUUCAUCUCUUAUGUCGAAUGCUUGUGUUUAAUCCGACAAAGAGGAUCAGCUGCAGCGAUGCACUUUCACAUCCGUACCUUGAAGAUGGCAGGCUGAGAUAUCAUUCCUGCAUGUGCAGCUGUUGUUUCAAUAAUGUCUCUGGGAGGCAUUACUCUUCAGAACUUGACCCUAGUGCUUGUCAACCAUUUGAUGAUAGCUAUGAAAAUGGUCUCUAUACUGUGCCACAAGUCAGAGAAAAAAUCUACCAGUUCAUGAGGGAAAGACAGAAACACCAAGUUCCACUCUGCAUCAACAUGAAUUCUCCUGCAUUUAAAAGCUUUAAAAGGUCAACUGUUGCAUCACAACCAGAGACAUCAGACUCUCCUCAAAUGUGGUAAGGCUGUUAUUGAACUGGACUCCACACACACAACUUUAGACACCCGGGUAAUCCCGCACAUCAAAGAUAUUGUUAUCUGUCAUCCAGACAAGACUGCUCCCAGACCAGGCCAGACAAGGAGAAAGAAGUUAUGGAUGUUGUUUAAAUGCUUCCAUCCAUGACUUGAAUUGAAAUGAUCUGGUAUUCGGGUGUUGUGGUUGCUGAAACUAUGGAACAUGUAGUUUCAGUGAAAAUAGAGCACGGCAUUCUUGUGUUCAUCAAUUUAAAUCAAGAAACUGUGCUUCCUUAAGUUUCCAAAGAUAUUUGUCAAUGUUUCAAAAUGAAAUUCUCUCCAACUCUUCCAAAUUCACCGAGAUUUAUCACAUCUACCUUGAAGUAGCAGUCAAAUUUUAUCAAACAUGAAACAAAUGCACACAUACACCGUGGAGAAAUCGUGUAUAUAACCAAUCAUAGUUUGAAAACCAAUUCAUCUUUUUACUAUCGUUUCAUCUCGCUCUACUCAAGAAUUUUAUCGUCUAUAGCAGUGUCAUAUUUUUAUGGUUCCACAACUUUUGCUACGGUUGCUAGUCUACUUUCAGUUUGGAAGAAAAACAAAUGAAAAAUGUGGUUUCUAUCGAACUAGCAUGCAGUCUUACGGUUAAAGAGUGUGGGGAUAAAAUUCAGUUGAAGAUGUAGUUCAAAGUGCUGUCUUGUAAUUUUGAAAAACAUCUCUGAAUCUUUCUUCGUGAAGUAAAGUGAAUCUAGCAAAAUUGACUCUGCUUGUACAGUACUUAAUGUGAUUAAUAAUUUAAUGGAUUUGUAUUUUGCAAAGAAGAAAAUUUUAUGGAAAUAAUUAUUCGGCUAGCUGUAGUUUCCUGGUCUAUUUAUUUAUUUAUUUUUGACUAUGGAUUAUCAUUUUUAAAAACCAGGAAAAAAUGGAAAAUUUUUGUUUUCU